CUGUUUCAGACAGCUCAAGUGGAAAUAAUUUUCUGAAAUAUGUUCUAAAGUUGCCAAAAUUGGAACCCACUGUGAACAAAAUGUUUCAGAACAAGGUUGACCAACUCUUCACUGAAAGCUCAUUUGCUUCUUACAUUAAUUUUCUUCAGCAAAUUUUGUGGCCAGGUGGAAAGCCUGCAGCAAGCAGUCCACCAAGAACAGAGGAGGAGAAAAUUGAAACAAAAAAGAAAGCAGAGGAACUACUACUCAAAAGAAUUCCAACAGCUGUUCUGAAAAUUCUGUUCAAAAAUCCAAAAAGCAAGAUCAGAUUUGUAUUAUCUGUUUUUCAAGAUAACGAGGCUAAUAAGAGACUAAUCUAUAUGCUGCUGUUUUUUCUCUUGGGUGAAAUUAUCCCUGAACUGAAGACUACUUUGAAGAGUGAGCAUAUACCUUGGUUAAAAAAUAUUGUUGAAUGAUUUGCAGCUCAAAGUGUUUGCUAAUUAUGAGACUGUAAAUACAGGGCCUUGUCAUAAACAAUAUGGAUUAAACUGAUGAACAUGUUUCCAGUAACCGACGUUUGUUUUGCAAGUGUUCUCUGAAGAACUGUGGAGCCUCAAAUAAAUCAUAAAGAGCUUGCCAGAUGGGCGUCAGUUGAUCUGUUUGGACUUUAUUAUUGUUGUGCUAUGUAUAUUGAGACGUUAGUAAUAUGACAGCUAUGCAAUAUAGUAGAGAGCUAAGUUAUAUAACCAUAUUGUGAAUUUACAGAAUUUUAAGAUAUUUUAUCACUAUGUAUUUCAAACUAAUCUAUAAAACAUUGUUUCUUUCAUUUACGUUUCUGAUAAUUUAAAUGGUGGGUGGGUAAAGCCAACUGAUUUCUGAAUCUUAACAGUCAGUAAGUUAUUCCUGGUCUGCAUGUUUACAAGGUCAGUACAGAGUGGUUUACUUUUCUGAGCUGACUGCUUUACAUGUUUAUUGUAUAACUCCUACUUCAGGAAUGAAUACACAUUUAAUGGACACUUUGCAAUAUUUUGCAAUAUUUUGUAAAUUUAGUAUUAGUUUUUGCCCUGGUUUCUUAGAUAUUUGUUCAAAAAUUGUCUGUGCAGUAUCAUAAUUUGAUUUGGGCACUGUUCUGCUUCAGUCAAAAUGUAUUUUAUCCCUGGGUUAAAAUGUAAAGGCAGCAUGAAUCUGCACAGUUCAGAUAAUCAGCGCUGAAAUAGGAUAUCCUGAAAGGAGUUACUAAAAAUGAACAUUAGCCACUAUUACAGAAAUGCUCAUUCUUCCAGUACUAAACCUACAACAGAGGUACAAGUUUCCAGUGGUGUCACCUUCUGCAUUUGUUUGCUAUAUUCUUCCAGUACUACUAUUGCCUUCAGGUAACAGCUGUUUAAUUAUUGUAAGAGAAAAAAAGAGCAUACAUUGGUCCGCUUUAGAAAAUUGAAAUGAAAUUAAAAAUCAUGUGUAGACAUGGAUGACUGUUCCUAAAAAUGUCUAUCACAAAUGUAGCAUACUAUGUAUAUUGUUUUAAAAAGAGAAAUCUUGAAUGCUUUCAUUUGUGUGCUCUGUAUCACUAAACUAAAAAAGCAAGCUAUCUGCAAAAGUGAA